GGGAGAACCAGGCUCUCUCCAAGAACUGGGGGCCCUUGACUUAUGCGACGCGACGGGCUUGAUUUGAUGGAUGCUGACUCGUGUGGACUAGACCCGGGCGUCUGUGCGAUGUGCCAAGGAUAUUUCGAGACAUUCGAAGCAAGGAAAGGAAUCGCUUUGCAUCAUCGCCACCAUCAUUGUCCCCUUGGCUUCCUCGCGAUCGUCAACUAUCCUUAUCUCGUCUGAUCCCAUCCUAAAUGCGAUAGCGAUGGCGAUGCCCCCCUCUAAACAUUCCUGGCCACUUGUGGAUGAGCAGCUAAGCUUCUCCGUCAAGGCCUGCUGGACGUGUCGCCGGAAACGCGUGAAAUGCGACGGGCGUCUGCCCACCUGUUUCAAGUGUAGGACAGCUGGCCGCGAAUGUCUGGGCUAUGGCCGCAACAGACCGCUUGUGUGGGCGGGGAUCGCGAGCAGAGGCAAGAUGGCGGGCCGAACAUUCGACGGCCAAGCAACAGCGUCAUCCGAGACACCACCGCCGACGACGCCCCCUAACCACGAGCCGAUCAUGGUUGCAGCAAUAUCGAAUCCCGUCUUCCAAGACCUGAGCCACCAAUCUAAGCAAUAUAUAUCCUACUACCUCCACCGCUGCUGCGGUGAGUGCACGCUGUACCCGGACGAUUCAAAAAAUCGGUUCGGGCAGUUCCUAGCCUUGAUACCGGGGAAUCCGGUCUUAACUCAUAGUCUCAUCGCCGUUUCUGCUACGCACCAGGCACAGGAAGGAAUAUCCCUUCCCGGCGCCCUGGCAGAAUCCGGACGAGCCAUCUAUCACCUCGCGAACUGGAACGGCUCAAAGCCGCUCAGCAAGUCGUCCUUGACCCAGCACUCGGACGCGCUGACUCACUCGGCGCUCGGGAUUGGCGCGCUCCGAGAACGGCUCGCCGGCACGGAUUUCUCGGAUGCCUUGCUUGCCGCCGUGUUCUUAUUGAUCUGGGUCGACGUCGUGGAUUCGGGAAGGUCGAGUUGGAAAUUCCAUCUAGAGGGACUCUCGGUCCUGAUAUCACUACGGAGAACCUUGAGGGCGAACCCAGACGGGAGUGCAAAUACGCAUUUUGAUCUGGAUUUCCACAAUUGGUUCGAGGAGACAUUCGCGGUACUAGCCAUCUUCGGCUCGACGUUCACCCCCCGUAUGCUACGGCUCCUCGACAUCAUCCCGAAGGCCGAGCUGAAGGACACGCUCGUCCGAGUGGAGUCGCACACCUGGACCGGCUGCCCGGCCGAUCUCAUGCUCGUCCUACACGCCCUCACCAUGCUGUCGUCCGAGGCCACAGACCCGUCGGACCGGGAGGAUGCCAUCUCGGAAUGGUUCGCGCGCCUGCGCGACUUCGACUGCGCGAGCUGGACUGAGCAGGGCCCGCACCCGUCCUCGGCGCGCGGGCGGCGCGCUCUCGUCGAAGCUUGGAAGGGGUCUAUCGAGAUCUACGGACGCCGGGCCCUCGGCCGCCGGGCCCCGAGGCGGCGAGGCAAAGAGAAAGAGGGGGAGGAUAAAGAAGAGGAGGAGUUAGUGGUCCCCGACGACCUUGUCGAGUUGACACUCCUCUACCUCGAACGCAUAGACCACCGCGACAUGCAUUUCAAGGGCACGGUCUGGCCCCUGUUUGUCGUCGGCGCCGAGGCCCGGACGGCGCGGCAGCGUCGCGCCGUCACCGACAUCGCUAGGCACCUAAUCGAGUACCUACGCAUGUCGACUCUCCAUGCGGCGCUCGUACAGCUCGAGAGGAUAUGGGCCCGCUCCGAGCCGUAUCCACCCGGGAAGUCCUGGAUCCACGACAUCUGGGAGCGCGGGGAAGGCCUGCUGCUUGUCUGAGUGGGAUAGCACCGGCCCGAGAUGCAGCGAAUGAUACGAUUCUAAUGUGCGGCGAAUAUUCCUAGGCAUAUCUAUAAAUAGGUGCCACCAUGGGGAUUGUGGUUGUAUCUCCAUUGCAGCCCAUGUAAUUGAUCUCUACAUAUAUAGCAAGCGUGCGCGUCGUUUCUCUUGGUUGGACAUACAUAUUACCCG